CGCUGCCCGGGGCCUACGCCUCAGUAUAAAAGCUCAGCGUCCGUCCAGCAGCCUGUUUGUUUCUCCUGCCUGGAAGGCAGCGCGUCUCAGCCUGCUGGAAACCUAUCUACACCUUCUACAUCUGCUGCUACGUUGAGUGAAAACACCUGCCAGGAUGGUGAACUUCACAGUGGACCAGAUCCGUGCCAUCAUGGACAAGAAGUCCAACAUCCGCAACAUGUCGGUGAUCGCGCACGUGGACCACGGGAAAUCCACCCUGACUGACUCACUGGUGUCUAAAGCUGGCAUCAUUGCGUCAUCACGGGCUGGAGAGACUCGCUUUACCGACACCCGCAAAGACGAGCAGGAGCGCUGCAUCACCAUCAAAUCCACGGCAAUCUCUAUGUACUAUGAGCUGAGCGAUAAUGACCUGGCCUUCAUCAAGCAGAGUAAGGACGGCUCUGGGUUCCUUAUCAACCUGAUUGACUCACCUGGUCAUGUGGACUUCUCCUCAGAGGUGACGGCUGCCCUGCGAGUCACUGACGGAGCACUGGUGGUGGUGGACUGUGUGUCUGGUGUGUGUGUGCAGACGGAGACAGUGCUGAGGCAGGCCAUAGCCGAGCGCAUUAAGCCUGUGCUGAUGAUGAAUAAGAUGGACCGGGCCCUGCUGGAGCUGCAGCUGGAGCCCGAUGAGCUCUUUCAGACCUUCCAGCGCAUCGUGGAGAACGUCAACGUCAUCAUCUCCACCUACGGAGAGGACGAGGGCGGACCCAUGGGCAACAUAAUGAUUGAUCCAGUGAUUGGUACAGUAGGCUUUGGCUCUGGUCUGCACGGCUGGGCCUUCACUCUGAAGCAGUUUGCUGAGAUGUAUGUGGCAAAGUUUGCUGCUAAAGGUGAUGGUCAGCUGGGGCCAGCAGAGCGCUGUAAGAAGGUGGAGGACAUGAUGAAGAAGCUGUGGGGGGACAGGUAUUUUGAUCCUGCCACUGGAAAGUUCAGUAAGACAGCUACAGGACCUGAUGGGAAAAAGUUACCCCGCACUUUUGCCCAACUCAUCCUGGAUCCAAUAUUCAAAGUUUUUGAUGCUAUCAUGAACUUUAAGAAGGAGGAGACAGCUAAGCUGAUCGAUAAACUGGACAUUAAACUGGAUCAGGAGGACAAGGAUAAGGAGGGGAAGCCUUUACUGAAGGCUGUGAUGCGCCGCUGGCUGCCUGCUGGAGAAGCUUUACUGCAGAUGAUCACCAUCCACCUGCCCUCGCCCGUCACUGCCCAGAGAUACCGCUGUGAGCUGCUGUACGAGGGGCCCGGGGACGACGAGGCCGCCAUGGGAAUUAAAAACUGCGACCCUAAAGCUCCUCUGAUGAUGUACAUCUCUAAGAUGGUGCCCACCUCUGAUAAAGGAAGAUUCUACGCGUUUGGGCGUGUCUUCUCUGGCUGCGUGUCUACCGGACUGAAAGUGCGGAUCAUGGGGCCAAACUAUACUCCAGGAAAGAAAGAAGACCUUUACCUCAAACCCAUUCAGAGGACCAUCCUGAUGAUGGGGCGCUAUGUGGAGCCCAUUGAGGACGUGCCCUGCGGGAACAUUGUAGGGCUGGUGGGAGUGGACCAGUUCCUGGUUAAAACAGGCACCAUCACCACAUUUGAACAGGCGCAUAACAUGCGGGUGAUGAAGUUCAGCGUCAGCCCCGUGGUGCGUGUGGCUGUGGAGGCUAAAAACCCUGCUGACCUGCCCAAACUGGUGGAGGGCCUGAAGCGCCUGGCCAAGUCGGACCCCAUGGUGCAGUGCAUUAUUGAGGAGUCGGGGGAGCACAUCAUCGCUGGAGCUGGAGAACUGCACCUGGAGAUCUGCCUCAAGGACCUGGAGGAAGACCACGCCUGCAUUCCACUGAAGAAAUCAGACCCGGUUGUGUCGUACAGAGAGACAGUGAGUGAGGAGUCAGAUCAGAUGUGUCUCUCUAAAUCUCCUAACAAGCACAACCGCCUGUACAUGAAGGCUCGGCCCUUCCAGGACGGGCUGGCUGAGGACGUGGAGAAGGGGGACGUAUCGGCCAGGCAGGAGCUGAAGGCCCGCGCUCGUUACCUCGCAGAUAAGUACGAGUGGGAAGUGACGGAGGCUCGUAAAAUCUGGUGCUUCGGGCCCGACGGGAACGGACCCAACAUCCUGGUGGACGUGACCAAGGGCGUGCAGUACCUUAAUGAGAUCAAAGACAGCGUGGUGGCCGGCUUCCAGUGGGCCACCAAGGAGGGUGCGCUGUGUGAGGAGAACAUGCGUGCUAUUCGCUUUGACAUCCACGACGUGACGCUGCACGCUGAUGCAAUCCACCGUGGUGGGGGUCAGAUCAUUCCCACUGCCCGCAGGGUGCUGUACGCCAGCCAGCUGACCGCUGAGCCCAGGCUCAUGGAGCCCAUCUAUCUGGUGGAGAUCCAGUGCCCAGAGCAGGUGGUGGGAGGGAUCUAUGGUGUGCUGAACAGGAAGAGAGGGCAUGUGUUUGAGGAGUCGCAGGUCAUGGGCACACCCAUGUUUGUUGUCAAGGCCUAUCUACCGGUGAACGAAUCUUUUGGUUUCACAGCUGACCUUCGCUCCAACACAGGCGGUCAGGCCUUCCCUCAGUGUGUGUUUGACCACUGGCAGAUUCUUCAGGGUGACCCCAAAGACGCCACCUCCAAACCCUGCCAGAUCGUCGCCGAGAUACGCAAGCGCAAAGGCCUGAAAGAGGGAAUCCCCCCACUCGACAACUUCCUGGACAAGUUAUAAAAGGAGAGCGACCCCACCCCACCCCACCGACCUCACCACCGCCUCCCACAACCACUCCUCCACCUCUCCAUCACCCCAUACCUCUUUCCUUUUCCUCCCCUAAACUGCACACUCCUCCCUUCCUCUUCCACUUCCUUCCUCCCCUUCCAUCCUCCAAGUGCAGUGAUGAGGGCAGGACUGACUGUACAUAGCACUGAAGCACCAUGACACAUUUCCACAAUGGAAACACGUACUGUGACACCUUAUGAAGCUGUGUAAGAGCUUGUAAAUCUAUAAAAGUAUAAAUAAUAAAAACAUUAUGAUCACUGAA